AGUGAGGUUACAAAUCUAGGCAUCUUCCCUCCGGUUUUAGAACCAAUCAGCCCAAUCGUAACCGUAGGCCAACGGCCAGUCAGUCUCUCUAGCAAUUCCGAACAAGAUAAAGUCACAGAAGGAACAAAAAACAUUUUGGUAAUCCGAAAAACAAGAACCAGAAAUAUUGUCGAAUUUUCUGCCACCACCCAAAAUCUCAUCCCCCCAAAAAACCCAUACCCAAAACAAGAGACCCACAGCGCACUUGUGUCUCUGCGCAUGUCUUUUGCCUACGUUUAGAGCGGAGAAAAGGGGAGAGCAAAAAUGGCGUUGGCAAUGGCUGUCAGGAGGCUUUCCUCCUCCAUUGACAAACCCGUCAAGCGUUUCAGCAAUGGCGGCUCUCUCUACUACAUGUCAUCUUUGCCUAAUGAAGCAGUGUACGAGAAGGAAAAGACCGGCGUAACGUGGCCGAAGCAGCUGAAUGCUCCAUUGGAGGUCGUUGAUCCUGAAAUUGCUGACAUUAUUGAGCAUGAAAAGGCCAGGCAAUGGAAGGGACUUGAACUCAUCCCUUCGGAGAAUUUCACAUCUGUCUCUGUGAUGCAAGCAGUUGGUUCAGUUAUGACUAACAAGUACAGUGAAGGCUACCCUGGUGCUAGAUACUAUGGAGGAAAUGAGUAUAUUGACAUGGCCGAAACAUUAUGCCAAAAGCGAGCUUUGGAAGCAUUCAGGUUGGAUCCUGCAAAAUGGGGAGUGAAUGUACAGCCUUUAUCAGGAUCUCCAGCAAACUUUCAUGUUUACACGGCUUUACUUAAACCACAUGACAGAAUCAUGGCACUUGAUCUUCCUCAUGGAGGGCAUCUUUCUCAUGGUUAUCAGACCGACACAAAGAAGAUAUCCGCAGUCUCUAUAUUCUUUGAGACCAUGCCAUACAGAUUGAAUGAAAGCACUGGCUAUAUUGAUUACGAUCAGCUGGAAAAGAGUGCUGUACUCUUCAGGCCAAAACUAAUCGUUGCUGGUGCUAGUGCUUAUGCACGUCUCUAUGAUUACUCACGUAUUCGGAAGGUCUGUGACAAGCAGAAAGCCAUAUUGUUGGCAGAUAUGGCACACAUUAGUGGAUUAGUCGCAGCUGGAGUCAUCCCAUCACCAUUCGACUACGCGGAUGUGGUGACAACCACCACCCACAAAUCACUCCGUGGACCCCGUGGUGCCAUGAUAUUUUUCAGGAAGGGUGUCAAAGAGAUCAACAAGCAAGGCAAAGAGGUUUUGUACGACUAUGAAGAUAAAAUCAAUCAAGCUGUCUUUCCUGGGCUCCAAGGUGGUCCUCACAAUCACACAAUUACCGGUUUGGCAGUUGCUCUUAAACAGGCAACCACACCAGAAUACAAGGCUUACCAAGAACAAGUCCUGAGCAACUGCUCGAAGUUUGCCCAGACAUUGGCUGAAAAGGGAUAUGAACUAGUUUCUGGUGGAACCGACAACCACUUGGUCCUAGUCAAUUUGAAAAACAAGGGUAUUGACGGUUCGAGGGUAGAGAAGGUGUUGGAAUCUGUCCACAUUGCAGCCAACAAGAAUACCGUUCCUGGAGACGUAUCUGCCAUGGUUCCUGGUGGCAUCAGGAUGGGAACCCCUGCUCUUACGUCUAGGGGAUUUGUAGAGGAGGAUUUCGUCAAAGUUGCUGAAUUCUUUGAUGCUGCUGUGAAGUUGGCUGUAAAAAUCAAGGCUGAUACCAAAGGGACAAAGUUGAAGGACUUCUUGACCACAAUGCCAUCCUUCCAAUCUGAGAUUACAAAACUCCGCCACGACGUGGAGGAGUACGCAAAGCAAUUUCCCACGAUCGGGUUCGAAAAAGAAACCAUGAAGUACAAGAACUAAUGGAUAGAGGUGAAAGCUGGACACAUGUAUGUUACGUUACAUUACGUAUGAAGAAAUGUGGCUUUGCAAGUGGUUAUGUACAAAAUUCCAGAUUCUGAUUCCUCUUUUCGCUGCUGUAUACGUACGAUAACAAAACGAUCGUAUGAGCAAUAAACCUUGAGCAAGGCUUGUUUCUCCCCUUGUGCAAUUCGCUUGGUCGA